AUUGAGUAUACUGCAUGGUUUUUCUCAGAGAGUCAGAUGAAGCUUUUUGAGCUGACACUUCGCAAGCUUAGUGUGUUUUGCUAGAGGAACUAUUAGCUGGAUUCGGGAAGACUCCAGACAUGGUGGAGGAGAGGAUGGGGGACUGUUGGAGCCACACCAAGGAUCAGUUUGACAACUUGGAGAAGCAUACACAGUGGGGGAUCGAAUAUGUGGAGAAAUACACCAAAUUUGUCAAGGAGAGGUCAGAGAUUGAAAUCAGCUAUGCAAAACAAAUUAGGAAUUUAUCAAAGAAGUAUCAACCCAAGAAGAACUCACGGGAAGAGGAAGAGAGCAAGUACACCUUCUGUCGAGCCUUCCUGACGACACUUAACGAGUUAAAUGACUACGCGGGACAACACGAGGUCAUAGCGGAGAACCUGACGUCUCAAAUCAUCACCGAGCUUUCGCGCUACCUGCAGGAGAUCAAGUCGGAGAGAAAAUCGCACUUCCACGAUGGGCGUAAGGCACAGCAGCACAUUGAGAGCUCGUGGAAACAGCUGGAAUCGUGUAAAAGAAGGUUUGAGAGGGACUGUAAAGAGGCAGACAGAGCCCAGCAGUACUUUGAGAAGAUGGAUGCUGACAUUAACGUGACUAAGGCUGACGUGGAAAAGGCACGACAGCAAGCUCAGAUGAGGCACCAGAUGGCUGCUGACAGUAAGGGUGAUUACUCCUCCUACCUGCAAAAGUUCAACCAGGAGCAGAAUGAACAUUACUUCACAAUUAUCCCCAACAUAUUCCAGAAACUUCAAGACAUGGAGGAGAAAAGAAUUGAGAGGCUAGGAGUGUGCAUGCAGACAUUUGCAGAAGUGGACCGCCAAGUGCUGCCCAUCGUGGGGAAAUGUUUAGAUGGCAUGACGAAAGCCGCCGAGUCCAUCGAGCCCAAGACUGACUCGAAACAGGUGGUGGAGUCCUAUAAGUCCGGGUUCGAGCCCCCGGGAGACGUGGAGUUCGAGGACUAUGGCCAGGCCAUGAAGAGGACGGCGUCUGAAACCAGCCUGUCCAACACCAGAGAGGCCAAGGAGAAGCCUGCUGGCAAGAGCAAAGGCAAACUGUGGCCUUUCAUUAAGAACAAGAACAAGCUUAUGUCCCUGUUAACGUCCCCCCACCAGCCCCCACGCCCCCCAGCCUCAUCCCCGCCCUCACCCUCUGCUGUUCCCAACGACCCCCAGUCUCCCAAGCAGCACAAGGAGCCCCUCUCCCACCGCCUCAACGACUUCAUGACCUCCAAACCCAAAAUGCACUGCCUCCGGAGCCUGAGGCGAGGGCUUUCUCUCAAGCUGGGCUCUGGACCAGAGGACUUCAGCCACCUGCCACCAGAACAGAGGAGGAAGAAGCUGCAGGGCAAGCUAGAUGAACUGAAUAAGGACAUUCAAAAAGAAAUGGACCAGAGGGACGCUCUAACUAAGAUGAAAGACGUGUAUGUGAAGAACCCUCAGAUGGGAGACCCGGCCAGCGUAGACCCACGGCUAUCAGAAAUAGGCCAGAACAUCGAAAAGCUCCAGUUUGAAGUUCAGAAAUUCGAGGGCUGGUUAGCAGAGGUGGAGGAGAGGAUGCCAUCCAAGAGUGAUACACACCGGAGAAGUGGACUCUAUGAGACCCAGAACAACACAACAGUGGGCAACAACUGUGCGCAGGACAGAGAGAGCCCGGAUGGCAGCUACACGGAGGAACAGAAUUCAGAGACUCAGGUCAAAGCCAACAUCAACCCCAUCCCCAACCCCAACCCCACCUCCACCACGCCAGAGUUUGACGAUGAGUUUGAUGAUGAGGAGACCCUACCCACCAUCGGCACCUGCAAAGCCUUGUACCCAUUUGAAGGUCACAACGAGGGCACAAUCGCCGUGGCAGAGGGCGAGCUGUUGUACGUCAUAGAAGAAGACAAAGGAGACGGCUGGACACGAGUGCGCAGGAACGAGGACGAGGAGGGCUACGUCCCCACGUCCUACGUUGAGGUCUUUUUGGAAACAAAUGCCAAAGGUGCUAUGACAUACAUUUAACUCACAAAAGUGUGUUUUUUGUUAAUGUGAGUCAGUAAGUUUCCGUUCACUGCUAUAUGAGUGGGGCAAGUUACGAAGAUCAAAGAUUUUUUCUGGUAGCUCAGAUAAGAGAAUAACCCUCCUCGCACGCACGCACACACACACACACACACGCACUUCCUGUCUCUCUCCGAGGGAAGGACCAGUCAGAUUUGUCCGGUGUGCCUCGUGACAUUUUGGACAGUUGUGGCAGAUAGCGUGAGUGUGUGUCACUCUACACUGUUCUUGAGCUCUGCACAAAACAUUUGUUUAGGAAAUGACACUGAAUGCAAGCUGAGCAGGCAGAAGUUGUGUGUGUGUGUGUGGAAAGAAGCUUGUAGUUCCUCACCUACCAUUCACUGCAGUGCCACCUAGUGGUCAUACAUAAUAAAAUAUGACUAUAUAACCUUAGCAGGAUGGUAUGAAUCACCCACUGACAAUGAUCACAUGUACAUUUCAAACAUACUAAUACUUGAUUUUUUUUUUUUUUAUAUAUAUAUUUUGUUAAGAUUUAAGACUGUAUUCCACUCAAUUGAACAUGAUUUUAAUCAAGAGUCUGAUCCACAACUUUGGUCAAAUAUUUGAGUCAGUAUUGUAAUAAACCACUAAACUCAGCUGAGUGAAUGUACGUAUCAUCUGAAGUGACAAUGAACAUCAAGUGAAAAUUGAAUCAUCACGCAAGUUACUGUGUUUUGGUCAAUUGUUGUUGUUCCCAAAAGGAAAGCAUGCUCCAUGUGCAAUCAUGCAAAUGUAAUUUAAAUCUGCUGUAAAAUAUGAAUACAUAUUAAAAGAUAUUUUUGUAGCCUAAACAUAAAAAAAGAAAAUAAAAAUCACCCCUCUAAUGUUG